GACCGAUAGCCACCGCGAAGCCCUAGAUUUUUCUUUGUCAAUCCAUCGUGUUUUUUUGUUGUUUUUUUGGAACCCAGAAACGAUUAUACGAGAUCCCGCGCUCGCGCACCAGGAGAAUGGGGCGAGAGAGAGGGAAGAGUGGCGUCCCUUUUGCCCAUUAGUUCCCUUUCUCUCCACUCUUGUCGUCCCUUCCGCUCCGCCCUGUGCACAGUUUUCUCCAGCCACAGACGAAGUAGCAGGAGGUGAAGUUCCUAACUACCGCCACUGUCCACUCCAGCCACAGCCGACGCAGCAGAGGCUGAUUUUGCUAAUCGCACUAGCUUGGGAAUAGACAGCACCCUCGCAUUUGUACUGAGAAAGCUAGCAAGGGGAGAGAGAUAGGGAGGCAUAGCUUGUAGCUACGGGCAGGGGGGGAUGGAGGGAGAGGGGAAAGGGAAGGCGGUGAAGAAGAAGGAAGAGACAUCCACCUCUUCCUCCUUCUCCUUCUCUAACAUUGCUCUCGAUGAUGACCUCUUCAAGCUCGUUGAUGAUGCUGCUCCUGCUUCUCGCUCUCUCAAGUUCCAACCUAAGUUCAAGCCCAAGCCCAAGCCCAAGGGCGCCAGCCCCUCCACCUCCAUCAAGCAGGAGUCUGUCCCCAUCAAGCCAGAACCUGAUGCUAACCCCAAGCCAGAGCUGGCCGAGCCCGUCGAUGCCGCUAUUGACUGCACCCCCAUGGACGUGGAUCCCUCGACCGAUGUGGGCAAUGAUGAGCCUGAGAGUGUGAGCCCACAAGGAAAUAGAGUCGUUCAGGAGAUCGACGUUUUCUUCAAUCCUUCCCCCGUUGAUGUGAAUGCCCAGCUUUACAUAAUACAAUAUCCUCUUCGACCUUGUUGGCGUCCUUAUGAACUUAAUGAAAGGUGUCAAGAGGUGAGAGUGAAACCUAAACAGUCCAAAGUGGAAGUGGAUUUGGCCAUAGAUGUUCGAUCUGAAAACUACGAUAGCACUGUUGAAGACUCUUUACGAAUUGAGAAGCAGACCCUGUCAUCAUCCAAGACACCCCCAGUGACAGGCUAUGCUGUCGGCUUUCUAAUCGGAAAGAAGUUACACUUGAAUCCUAUUCAUGCAGUUGUGCAGCUCCGACCUUCAAUGGCAUACCUAAAUGCUUCCCAGGGCCCCAUGAGAAAAAGUGGUGGAGUUGAAAUGAAGGAUGGGAGUGUGAAAUCUGCUGAGCCUUCUAACCGUCCAGCAAUGGUGAACAAAGAUGGUUCAGGACUUGUUGGUACUCAAAGUAAACGGCCCAUGUCGUACGCACAGAUUAAGCAAGAGAAUGAUUCAGAGGCCUGGAUUUCUCUGGAAUAUUUGGGUACAGAUAGCCCCUCAGCUAACAGAUAUCAGCAACAGCUUGUGUCUGAAGAUGUUUCCUCAGUUCACUUAUCCAUGCACCUGGAUGACUACAUCAAUUCUUUAGUGCCUGGGAGGCCUGUGAGUUUACUCACGGGAAAGUCCAAAAGUGAUGGUAGAACUGAUAUGUUAGGAAGAAGAAUUGACAAACUUCCUUGGGAACAUUGGUUGGAAAGGUGGUAUGUAGCGGAGCAUAUUCAAGUUGCUCGAUUUGCCGAUAUCAUGCGGGUUGCCUAUGGUUCUACAGAACAGGAUGUCCUUCAGGAGCUUCAACAGAAUGCACAUUUAGUAAAGGGUUUGUGGGUUCCCAAAAGUAAAUUUCGAUAUGAAGGUGUAUUAGCUGCAGUGAGAGAUUAUGCUCUUCUCAUGUUCCACAAGCUUGGGACAGUUGAACAUGAAAAGCUAAAAGAUUCACUGAAGAAUAUAAAUGAUCCUGAAGGUAAGGUUAGAACGGUUCUGGCUCCACUGGCUCUUUUGAGGCAUGCAAGUGGUACCUGGGUAUUGCAUAAGCCUGCAGACAAGUCGUUCCUUGAUAACUAUCCUGAGGUUGUGAAGGAACAACAUAGGGCAUGGUUGGCCUCUGAGCAAGAUAUAAAAGCAACCCUUUCAACCUUUGCUGUAAGCAAUUCUAUGAAAACAAUGGUUGCUCCACGGAAGGUUAUAGUUGCCAAUAAGCAGCUAUCAGCCAACAAACUUGAGCAACAUGUAGGGCAGGGUCAGAGUAGCAAGGCUGCCUUGGAAAAAAGUAUGAUAUCAGAUGAACUCCGAGAAGCUUUUCCCAAAGUACUCCGAGAGGUUUUCCACAAGUACAGUGUUUGCAGCUUACAGCUGCUUAGGCAGGGAUUGCGAGAAAUGGCCAUUUCUAGAACUACUCAUCCUAAGCAUAAUUCCGAGCUAGUGGUUGCUGCUGCACGUGUUGCCUCCUCUGUACCCAAUUCAGAACUGCAGUCUAUUCUAAGUACAGUUGCUGUUGAGAUCAAUGGUGUCUAUGUCUUGGAAUCAUUGAAUGACCCAUGUGAUGAGUUUAGGAGAUUUGUUAUCAAGCUCUUAAAGGCCAGAGGACCCAAUGCUAAAGUAAAGAAGAUAGAAACGCUUGAAGCUUUCAAAAUGCAUUGCAAUGUGGAAGUUCCAAGACCUAUAUAUAACAAGGUCAUGAACGAGCUCUGCGUCUCAGUGGGCAAUGCUUGGAUGAUGAAAUCAGGCGAUGGGAAGCCACCAUAAAGAACAUUCUACUUGCCUGUUAAUAAUCUGGUUUUGCAUCUUGGUGGUGGUUGAAAUUUAUUACCUUGUGGGGACAGCCUGUUCUUAGACCUGUGAUGUGCACAUCGUUCCACGAGCUUCUAAAUAUCUAGCAUUGUCAUUAACUGGUGGUAGAAACAAAUUAACCUCCAUUGUCAUGAGUCGAGAAUUUGUGCAACUUUUCUUUCUUUUAGGAUUUUCUUGUCACGUGUAUUGAAUCGCUGCCUGCUCAUAUAUUUUGCAGCACUAUGUAUAAAUUGCAUUGUUAUUUUUUUCUUCCUUGCGUCGGAAUUGUAUAUGUUUGAGGGAGAACAUAAAAAAAUUUAAGGAUAUUUCAGCUAUCCAUCAAAUUUUGUAUAAUAGUAAGUAUUUAUUUAUUUUU